GACCAUCUUCAGUGAUCAGCAAUGACGAUGACUCUGCCUCUCCUCUUCACCACGUCUCCAAUGGCAGCAACACUCCUUCGUCAUCGGAGAUGGGCCCUGACGCAGUAAUCAUCGGCAUGACCAAGAUCCCAGUGAUCGAAAACCCUCAAUACUUCAGAAGCACAAACAGCCUGCUCAAGACUGACACAUUUGUCCAGCAUAUUAAAAGACAUAACAUUGUGCUGAAGAGAGAGCUGGGAGAGGGAGCCUUUGGGAAAGUCUUCCUGGCUGAGUGUUAUAACCUUUCACCUGACCAGGAGAAGAUACUGGUGGCCGUCAAGACACUUAAAGAGGCCAGCGAAAAUGCCAGGAAGGAUUUCCAUCGUGAGGCUGAGCUGCUGACGAACCUUCAGCAUGAGCAUAUUGUCACUUUCUACGGAGUGUGCGUGGAGAGUGACCCGCUCAUUAUGGUGUUUGAGUACAUGAAACACGGUGACCUCAACAAGUUCCUCAGGGCUCAUGGUCCAGAUGCAGUUUUGAUGGCAGAGGGCCAGACCACCAGACCUGUGGAGCUGACCCAGUCUCAAAUGCUUCACAUUGCCCAGCAGAUAGCAUCUGGCAUGGUCUACCUGGCAUCACAACACUUUGUGCACCGUGACCUGGCCACAAGGAACUGCCUGGUGGGUGAGAACCUGCUGGUAAAGAUUGGAGACUUUGGCAUGUCAAGAGAUGUCUACAGCACUGACUACUACAGGGUUGGAGGUCAUACCAUGCUGCCCAUCCGCUGGAUGCCUCCUGAAAGCAUCAUGUACAGGAAGUUCACAACAGAAAGUGAUGUUUGGAGCCUCGGAGUUGUUCUCUGGGAGAUCUUCACCUAUGGAAAACAACCCUGGUACCAGCUCUCCAAUAAUGAGGUGAUAGAGUGUAUAACCCAGGGCAGGGUGCUGCAGCGCCCUAGGACCUGUCCUAAAGAAGUGUAUGACCUGAUGCUGGGCUGCUGGCAGAGAGAGCCACACAUGCGUCUCAACAUUAAAGAAAUCCACAGUCUGCUCCUCAACCUGGCCAAGGCCUCGCCUGUGUACCUGGAUAUACUGGGCUGAACGCAGAAGGAGGCUGAAGAAGGGUUUUAGCUGUGUGUGUGCGCGACAUGUGUGCAUUUAUGUGGGGAUGGUCGCUGAAUGUGAACGUGAAUGCAUAUUUGUGGUUGCGUGCGUGUGUGUGCGAGCUGCAGGGUGCGAAGCUCAUACAGGUGUGCGUGUGUGCAAGGUGCCGCUGUACAGGAUGUGAAGCUAUUAUUAAACUCUCAAAGGCAAUCAAAAAAUUCCUCAACUGAUCCCCGAUCGCCUCUUUCUUCCCUGCCGAUGUCCUCUCCUUUAUGCAUUUCCAUCCCCCUUCCUUACCGAAGAGACAUUUAAGAGUAAUUUAACUUUGGAGUAAAAAGAAAAACAAAAAAACCCAAAAAAAACAACAGCAUCUCACUUAUUUUCAAAUGCUUUAAACUGACUGGGGCUAAACUGAUGAAACCUAAUUUAAAGGACUUUUAAAUGACUCAUUCCCUGCUGCCUGUUGGACAACAGGACUCGUUUGAACAUUUGCAAAUUUCGAGGAGCCGUGG